AUGGGCAGCCUCGUCGGAGCCAAGCGAACAAAUCCAGACCUGUUGUUCUUUGUGACAUUUGUGGGGAUGUUGAACACACCACCUAUUAUCACUGUAGGACCAAUCACCUGUGCUUUGUCUGCUAUGCAGCUGGUCACACACGUGCUGAGUGUCCCAGGACCGUUGCCACCAGACCCAAGGAUUCUAAGCGCAAUGCCCAGCUUGAGGAAAACUAGAUGGCCUGAACUGUUCUAUGAAAAUGUAACACUGGGUGGUAAAGUGUCAGUCAGGGCUAUGCUUGACAGUGGGUCUAUGGCUUGCACCCUGAGCUCGAGUGUUGUGCCUCAGUUGUUACAGGAAGCUGUGUUGAAGACCACCGAUUUGGAACCCACUGAUGUCAUUUUGAUUGGCUGUGGUGGGUCAAAGACGACACCAUCGGGCAUGUGUGAUCUGGAAGUGGAGCUUUAUGGCUGUAGGGUGGUCGUGCCAACCCUGGUGGUUGAUGGUCAGAGCGACGAUCUCAUCAUCGGUAGCAACCUUCUGAGGUACUUGGUUGACAACCUGAAGCUGGAUAGCAACUUCAACUCACACACAAGUGAAUGUGACUCCCAGAAAAGACUUCUGAACCUAAUGGCUGGGGUACAGGAGUGUAAUGAGGACCUUCCAGACAAAGUGGGGACUGUUAAGAUCAAGAGAGCAGUUACGCUGGAGCCUAUGUCUGAGCACUUGGUGUGGGGCAAGCUGCAACAAUGGAGUGGUGAUCUAGCUGGGAGUGAAGUCAUGAUGGAACCUACGAGUGCAAGGUCAAGGCCUAGAUCGGUGAUAGUCGGAAGAACUGUGGGUGUGCUACUAGAUGAUGGAUGGCUGCCACUGAAAGUGAUAAAUCCUUCUGAGAGGCCUGUCACGCUGAAGCGGAAUGCUAAGCUGGCUGACGUGCUUUCAUGUGUGGCACUGGAGAGCUUCAGCGGCAGCAGAGAUACCAGCGACCCACAGCCUAGUGUGCAGCAAAAUGUGCAACUUUCAACUGCUGAUCCUGUCUGUUGCCAUGGGGAGCAGAGCCUGGUCUCAGAGGCCUCCACGCUGCCUGACCAUCCCUUGCCUGACGAACCCAGUAGCCAAACUGACACACUGCAUUCAAUGUUGCGCAACAUUGGACUGGCAGACAUAAACAUCGACUCGUGUGAAGUGUCACCUGCCUGUAAAGAGAGACUAGUUAGCCUUGUUGAAGAGUACCAGUCCAUCUUUUCAAGGGACAAGUUGGACUGUGGCAAGGCUACAGGAUGCCUUCACCGUAUUCGGGUUGUGGAUGAGAAACCCUUUCGCCUGCCCUGUCGCAGGAUGCCGCCUACUCAGUAUGAGAAACUGAGACAGACGCUGGAUGAGAUGGAAGAGCAAGAAAUCAUCAGGAAGUCUAGCAGCGAGUUCGCAUCACCAUUGGUGCUAGUCUGGAAGAAAUCAGGUGAUAUAAGGAUUUGUAAUGAUUUCCGCUGGCUCAAUGCUCGAACCAUCAAGGACGCUCAUCCUCUUCCUCAUCCAGCUGAUGCUCUGGCAGCUUUGGGUGGUAACGCCUAUUUCUCAACAAUGGAUCUGAUUGCAGGUUAUUACAAUGUUGAAGUGCAUGAGGCAGACAGGAAGUAUACGGCAUUCUCGUCACCAUUUGGGUUGUAUGAGUAUAACCGAAUGCCUCAGGGACUGUGUAACAGUCCUGCUACCUUCAUGAGGAUGAUGCUAAGCAUUUUUGAUGAUCAGAAUUUUCUCAGCUUGUUGUGUUAUCUGGAUGAUGUCCUGGUGUUUGCCCCAACAGAAGACUUGGCUUUGGAGCGGUUGGAGAUGGUUUUCCAGCAGCUCAAGGCUCAUAACCUCAAGCUUGCUCCAAAGAAAUGCCAUUUCCUCCAAAGGUCUGUGAGAUUUCUCUGACAUAUUGUCAGUGCUGAUGGCAUUAUGUCUGAUCCAGAUAAGGUGUCUGCCAUCACGUCCUUGACUGAGUCAGACCUCAUGGAGCAAGGCACCAACAUUCCCUCACAGCGCAAAGUUCAUUCAUUCCUUGGAAUGGUGGUGUUUUACCAACAGUUCAUUGAAAACUGUUCCUCCAUUGCCAAACCACUAUUUGGGCUGACUACAGGCAUGAUGAGUCCCCGAGGGAAAGGGAGAAAGAAGGAGGUUCAAAGGAAACUAGGUGCUGAGGACUGGACUGAUGAGUGCAAACAAGCUUUUCACCAGCGUAAGCAGGCUCUGCUGGCUCAAGUACCGUUAGCUCACCCGAAUUUCAGUGAGCCUUUUCUGCUUUCAGAGGAUGCGUCCACUAGUGGUCUUGGUGCUGUGCUGUCGCAGAUUCCUGCUGAUGGAUCAACUGCUAGGCCGAUCGCAUUUGCUAGCAAGUCUCUCAAUCAUGCACAGUCCAGAUAUCCUGCGCACAAGUUAGAGUUUUUCGCAUUAAAGUGGGCAGUGUGCGAUAAGUUCCAUCAUUGGUUGAGGGGUCAUCGGUUCACGGUGUGGACCGACAACAACCCUCUGACCUACGUGCUGUCAAAAGCCCGACUGGACGCCUGCGAGCAGAGAUGGAUUGCUAAGCUGGCUCCAUUUCAGUUUGACAUUAAAUACAUUCCUGGUCCCAGGAAUGUGGUAGCUGAUGCCCUCAGCAGAGAGCAGCCCAGCACUUCAAAUCGUUUGACAAGAAUGCCCUAUGAGGAUCUGCUGGCCGAAGCUGCAGCGGUGUGCCCACAUGGUGUUCAGGAAGUGUUUCGUCGUUCUGCUCACCCAGCUGACGUGGCUCCGGAAUGUGAACAGGUUGGCUCGGAGGUGUUCUCGCAUGAUGUACUGGUGGAGAAGCAGCGAUGUGACAACGUUUUAAGUCGUGUAAUCUUUUAUGUGGAGAGAGGACGGAGACCGUCAAGAAGGGAACGUGUAAAAGAACCAGUUGAAGCAGUCAAGCUACUUCGAGGUUGGGACAGGUUGGCCAUGAAGGAUGGUGGGCUGUAUCGUGUUGUGAAGAACACUAUAGCGAAGAGGAAGUGUUACCUGUACAUUGUCCCUGCUGUACUGCGCUCCAAGGUCUUGAAAGGCUAUGCACCGUUUUUGCUGAUGUUUGGGAGAGUGCCAAGGCUGCUCACUGACAUUAUCUUCGGCUCCGUCAUUAAUGACCCGGAGGUCGCAGACUAUGAUCGAUACAUCCAGUCACUGCGAAAGGACCUUAAAAUGGCUAUGGACAUAGCACAGACUGUGGCAACCAAACAGUUGAAGCGGCACACUGAGCUGUAUAACCGAGAGGUGAGGGGGGCACCGGUGGAAGUAGGUGACCGUGUGUUGCUUGCCAACAAAGGAGAACGUGGCAAGAAGAAGCUGGCUGACCGCUGGGAAAACGCCAUCUACGUGGUAGUUAGUAAGAGUGAUGAGAGUCACACUUUUAAGAUCCAGCAUGCCACCACUGGUAAGAUGAAGGUCGUGCAUCGCAACCUGAUAAUGCCAGUGAACUUUCUCCCCUUGCAUGAUGUUGCUCCUCAGAAUGAGACUCAAGUGUCUGCAGUAUCCAGCUCAGUGGAUCUUGAUGAUGAGAGAGAGUUGCCUGCUGAUGUCUCUGUCGAGUCUGCAGACUAUAGGACAAGAGUGUGGGUGUCUGUCCUGCCAUCUGAGAGUUCAGAGAAUGCUGGGCAGCUUGGGGAUGUGGAGGUUGUUGAGCAGUCUGACCUGGCUUCUGUCCUGCCUACCUGUGUUAGUCCGGCUGAGACAACUGUUAACCAGUCAUGCCUUGGUCUCUCACAGCCUGACCUCUCCACGGACAUGGUUGGGGCAGCUGAUGCUGAGCGCUGCGCACGAGACGCCUGA